CGCGGGGGUUGGGGUGGAGAUUAAUAUUAAAAUCAGAAGUUAUAUCUUUUGCUGGAUAUUGGAAAUUGAACAUGAUGGCAACAGAGUUUAUAAAGAGUUGCUGUAGAGGAUGUUUCUUUAGUGAACCAGAAAAACACAACCUUUCCGUGGAAAAAGACUUUAAAACAGCAGUCUCAAAUAGUCAAAGUACUACUAUCUCUAUACCUCCAUUGACUUCUGUUUCUGUAAAGCCUCAGGUUGGCUGUACUGAGGAUUACUUACUUUCCAAAUUACCAUCUGAUGGCAAAGAAGUACCAUUUGUGGUGCCCAGGUUUAAGUUAUCUUAUAUUCAGCCAAGAACACAAGGAACUCCUUCACAUCUGGAAGAACUUGAAGGAUCUGCCAGAGCAUCUUUUGGAGAUCGAAAGGCGGAACUUUCCAGUUCAUUCCAUCAUGGACCCAACUAUGAUGUAUAUAACCCAUUCUAUAUGUAUCAGCACUUUUCACCAGAUUUGAUUCGGCGCUUUCCUCCUCGUUCAGAAGUGACAAGACUGUAUGGAUCGGUUUGUGAUUUAAGGACCAGCAAACUCGCUGGUUCCCCUGGACUGAGUAGGUCUAUGUUUGAUCUUACAAGUUCGUCUCAGCGGUUCAUCCAGAGACAAGAUUCAUUGUCCAGUAUGCCCAGUAGUUCGUCGUCGAGGAAAAAUUCUCAAGGGAGCAACAGAAGCCUAGAUACUAUUACUCUAUCAGGAGAUGAAAGAGAUUUGGGGAGAUUGAAUGUGAAAGUGUUUUACAAUUCUUCAGUAGAGCAGAUCUGGAUCACAGUUUUACAGUGCCGAGAUUUAAGUUGGCCUUCUAGUUAUGGAGACGCUUCUACUGUUUCUAUAAAAGGAAUACUAACGUUGCCCAAACCAGUGCAUUUCAAAUCUUCAGUCAAAGAGGUCUCCAGUACUAUCGAAUUUAUGGAGACUUUUGUAUUUGCUAUUAAACUCCAAAGUCUACAGACUGUGAGGCUCGUAUUUAAGAUUCAAGCCCAGACUCCCAGGAAGAAGACCAUUGGGGAGUGCUCACUGUCACUCAGAACCCUUAGCACUCAGGAGAUGGAUUAUUCUUUGGAUAUAACACCACCUUCAAAAAUUUCUGUUUGCCAUGCAGAACUUGAAUUGGGGACUUGUUUUCAAGCCAUAAAUAGCAGGAUUCAGUUACAGAUUCUUGAGGCACAAUACCUUCCAAGCUCAUCAACACCUCUGACUUUGAUUUCUUAUUUUUUAGGUUUUUUUGUGAAGGUGGCCAUGUUUAGCUCUGGAGAGUUAAUUUAUAAGAAGAAGACACGCUUACUGAAGGCUUCCAGUGGAAGAGUAAAGUGGGGAGAGACUAUGGUUUUUCCACUUAUACAGAAUGAAAAGGAAAUUAUUUUUCUCAUUAAGCUUUAUAGUCGAAGCUCCGUAAGAAGAAAACACUUUGUGGGGCAGAUUUGGAUAAGUGAAGAUAAUAGUAACAUUGAAGCAGCGAACCAGUGGAAAGAGACAAUUACAAAUCCAGAAAAGGUUGUUAUCCAGUGGCACAAACUAAAUCCAUCUUGAAGACUUCACAUAUUCAUUUGGUGAAGAACUUGACAUUCUUUUAGAAGACUUAUGAUUUCAGCUUUCUACAAUGAGAAUAGACAAAUCAUUAUAUGUGUGAAUUCAUUUGUGGAGGUCACAAUUAUGGUAUAUGACAGAUCUGAUAGAAAAUUAAACUUAAUAAAGAAAAUGGUAAUGAAUUAUAUCAGGUAUCCAAAGUAAAGAAAAUGUUUUAAAACUGUGCCAAAAUAGGCAAUAAAGUAAAAGGGUAGUAUUGUUAGGGCAACUGAAUAAAUUAUAAAAUCAAUAAGACUAUCAACCAUCGAUAAUUACUGCCGUAUUAUGUUAAUAGGGUUAUUUUUUUAAGCUUUACCUAGAUAUUCAAAAUCUAGUAUAUCAAGUGUCUGUUAGUACUAUUAGACAUUUAGAAGACUUUACCACUGUCUCAGCGCUAGUCAUUAUUGAUUAUAUCUUGACUUCACUACUUCUUGCUAAGUCUUUCUUUCAGAAAGCAAAAAUGAAUUGAACCACUUCAACUCCUAUAUUUGGGGAAAGUUCGUGCCCUGUGUUUAUCAUUUCUCCCCCAGAAAGUAUCACAUUGCCAGUUUGUAAGCCGUUUAUGUCCAAGAAACUUUAGAUAUAGAAAACUACAUUUUGGCAAGAAAAAUGAAAACACCAGAGGUUGACAUUUGAUUGGAAAUCCAGUAUACACACAUUUAAUUAUAUAUUCUAUAUAUUUUUUCUCUCUCAGAUAAUUUACUCUUUAUUUUAUUUGGAGUCAAAAUAAGAUUAUCAUUCCUGUGACCCAUCCUGAUUAGCAGAAUUAAAUGAGUAUAAAUAGCAAAUUCAGUAUUUUGUGAUAAUCACUUCCUUGUUUUUAGUUUUUCAAAUGUAAAUUACUUAUUCUGUAAUUCACAGUGUUAGACUAUUUUCCUAUUUUUAAAAAGUAGCCAUACAUGAUAACACUAUGUAGCAAAUAUUUUCUAUUGCAGUUUCUCUCAGGUACUCAUUAAAACUCAGUAGGUGGGAGUAAUUGUAGUUUAGUUGGCCAUAUAAGCUGUAGCCAAGAAGAACAGCUGUUUGGAGAAAUAAAUAAGGCCAUCCUUGAUCUGGGAAAAUUUGACUUUAUUUUUGCUCUGUGUUCAUGGUCUUCUGUUUUCCUUUCUUUCUUACCCCACACCUUCCAGGAGGUAGGUGGUUUAGGCCAGAGGUGUACUUUGCUAUAGGUUAAGCAUCCCUCUAUUCCAGUUCUUAUGUUCUGUAUGUCUUAUUAAGAUUUAACAAAAUAAACACUUAAUUCCCCUUUUUUUAGGUAUUACCUACCUCCUCAAGCUUUAAAAUGUACAUCUUUACAUGCCCUUUGCUUCUAGAGUUUAUGGUGUUGACAGGUGCUUUCUGUGCAUUUUGAAAUAAUUUUUUUUAGAUUGGUGAAAAUUUACAUAUUGGUCAGUAUUCAUAUGGACUUUUAAGAGAAAUCACCUUGUAUGGUAGUUGAAUCUUUGAGACAAAAGGCAACGAUUUAAAAAUUUUUUUUAAAUAGAUUUUAUUUUUUAGACCAGUUUUAGGUUCACAGCACAAUUGAGAGGCAGGUACAGAGAAUUCCCAUAUACCACCUCCUCUACUAUUAGCAUCUGACACCAGAGGGAUGUUUGUUAAAAUCAAGGAACCUACAUUGACACAUCAUUAUCACUCAAAGUCCAUGGUUGACUUUUAGUGUUGUGCAUUUUAUGAGUUUGACAGGCACAUAAUGACAUGUAUUCACCACGAUAGUAUCAUACAAAGUAUUUUCACUGCUCUAAAAAUCCUCUGCAAAUGCAACUAUUUUAAUAGCCACCAAAGAAAGAAGUGUAUUGGCUUUUAGAAAAAAAAAAACAGACUUUAUUGUUUUAAGAAAUCUAGAAUUUCAUUUGAGCAGUUUUUUGUGUUCUGUUAAUGCUUUCAAUUCCUAAAUUUAUUAUAUAUAGUUAUGUAUUUAACUCAAUUUUUCAUUAUUUAAUUUUCAAUAUUUUACAAUAUGUAUAUAAUUUGAGGGAAAGCUAUGACUUCGUAGUUUCUUGUAUGUUUUAAGAAUUCUAGAUAAAUGAAACAAUGAAAAGAAAACCUUUUCAUUUAAAAUUUCUUUCAGUUAGAGAAGUAUCGAUACAACUAAGAUCCCAAAUAUUUUAAUUAGUGUUUAUUUAAGCCUUUUCCAGGUAAGGAGGUACCAAAUAGAGAUAAUAUUCUGAUUGUUUCUUUGAAGCUUUAUGUGGAAAUAUAAAAAGAAACACACUCUUCUGUUAAUAGUUUCUCAUAUUAUGAGAAAAGCAUUAGAAGCUAGUAAUAAAAAAUGAGAUACUAUGCAAAAAUCACUUCUGUUUGUAUUUGCUUAGGCAUUUCUUGACCUUUGCUUACUUAUAACAAGGAGAAGGGAACCAAAAUGAUGCUCAGUGACCAGAGAAAGUCAUGGAAAUGUUCACAGUGAUAGCUAAUAGUUGACAAUGCCAUUCUCUAACAGUGUAUUUACUUAUAAGAUUUCACAUUGAUAACAAAUAGCUGCCGUCUAUGUCAAGACGUAGCAUCACUAGAUGGCUUUCAUUUAGUUUUGCAUAAUUUUUUUUUAGCAUAACUCUUGGAGAAAUUAACCACAAAAGUGUAUUAGUUCCAGCUCUUAUCAGACUGUUAAGAAGGAACAAGUGGGAUUUUGAACAUAUGUUAUAUAAUUGUGGUCUGAAAUAAGCUAAACUGAACUUUUGUUUGAAUACAGUUAUGUGAAUUUCUCUGA